AUGUCUGAGAAGAAGCCCCGGGGGCCAGACGCCCGUCCCAAAUCUGGCAUCCGAAGCUGGAGCGCAGACAGCUACAUUUGGCGGGGGAAGAAGCGUUCCCGGAGCUCCUGCAAUAGUUCGAGUCCGAGCGGGCUGGAGGGCAGUGGGACGGACGAGCUGGGGGUGCGGUCCGCCUCCUGUCCCAGACGGCGCCGAGAGAGGAAGUGUAGCUGCAGCGCCCUGGGAGAUGCUCUGUCGGCCGGAGACAUGGACGGCGUUUGCCGGAAGGCCUUGUCCCGCCGCUCCCUUCGGCAGAAGUUCCAGGACGCUGUGGCACAGUGUCUGCCCCUGCGCUCCCACCACCACCAUUACCACCACCCCCCCGGCUCCUCCCGCCCCUUAUCAGUGCUCUUCUGGUCUAAACGCAAGAUCCACGUCUGCGAGCUGAUGCAGGAAAGGUGUCCGUUCUCCCCCAAGUCUGAGCUGGCCAGAUGUUGGCAUCUCAUCAAAAACCAGACCUCGCACCCGCGGGCGCUCAGUGACCUGGAGGCUCCUCUCAAGCCCAGCCUGUCCUCUUCUACCUCCUCUCCAGAAACACCCCUAUCCUGGGAUGACAUCUGCUCCCCGGGGCCCGGUAGCAUGCCCCUGAAGGACUGGGACCCCCCCUGUGGUGCAGACAGCUGCGGUCACGGCGACUACAUCCUGGUCCCGGAUCUUCUCCAGAUCCACAACAGCUCGUGUUACUGGGGUGUGCUGAACCGCUUCGAAGCAGAGGAGCUGCUGGAGGGUCAGCCGGAGGGGACGUUCCUGCUGCGGGACUCCGCCCAGGACGACUUCCUCUUCUCCGUCAGCUUCCGCAGAUACAGCCGAUCGCUGCACGCACGCAUCGAGCAGAACGGGAUGCGCUUCAGCUUCGACGUGCGUGACCCGUGCAUGUACAGGGAUCCCAGCGUGACGGGCCUGCUGAGGCACUACAGCGACCCCGCCACCUGCCUCUUCUUCGAGCCGCUGCUGUCCCGGCCGCUGCAGAGGCCGUUCCCUUUCCCCCUGCAGCACCUGUGCAGGGCUGUGAUCUGCAGCUGCACCACCUACCGGGGCGUGGACCGCCUGCCGCUGCCGCCUCAGCUCAGGGACUAUCUGCGGCAGUACCACAUCCGGUGCGAUGGCGCCUGCGCCCAGUGA